GUGCGCUGGCUGCUGCUUUUCUGCUCCUGGAAGCGGCCAAGGGGGGAAGCGGCGAGUCAACAUGGAGCUUUCAGCGGUGGGGGAGCGGGUGUUCGCGGCCGAAGCCCUCCUGAAGCGGCGCAUAAGGAAAGGACGCAUGGAAUACCUCGUGAAAUGGAAGGGCUGGUCGCAGAAGUACAGCACAUGGGAACCUGAAGAAAACAUCCUGGAUGCUCGCCUGCUCGCAGCCUUUGAGGAAAGGGAACGAGAGAUGGAGCUCUAUGGCCCCAAAAAGCGAGGACCCAAACCCAAAACCUUCCUGCUCAAGGCCCAGGCCAAGGCAAAGGCCAAAACUUACGAGUUCCGAAGUGACUCUGCCCGAGGCAUUCGGAUCCCCUAUCCCGGCCGCUCACCCCAAGAACUGGCCUCUACUUCUCGGGCCCGUGAGGGCCUUCGGAACAUGGGUCUUUCCCCACCGGGGAGCAGCAGCACCUGCCGAGUGGAGCCCCCUCGGGACCGUGAUCGGGAACGGGAUCGAGAGAGGGAGAGGGAACGAGAGCGUGAACGGGGUGCUAGCCGCGCAGACGACAAACCCAGCUCGCCAGGUGACAGCUCCAAGAAGCGAGGUCCCAAGCCCCGGAAAGAGCUCCUGGACCCCUCACAAAGGCCCUUGGGAGAACCCAGUGAUGGCCUUGGAGAUUACCUCAAGGGCAGGAAGCUGGACGACACUGCUUCCGGGGCAGGAAAGUUCCCAGCUGGCCACAGUGUGAUCCAGCUGGCUCGAAGGCAGGACUCGGACCUGGCCCAGUGCGGUGUGGCCAGCCCCAGCCCGGCUGAGGCCACGGGCAAGCUGGCUGUGGACACCUUUCCAGCCAGGGUCAUAAAGCACAGGGCCGCCUUCCUGGAGGCCAAAGGCCAGGGCACCCUGGACCCUGGUGGCCCCCGGGUCCGGCAUGGCUCAGGCACCCCCAGCUCUGUGGGGGGCUUGUAUCGGGACAUGGGGGCCCAAGGGGGAAGGCCCUCCCUCAUCGCCAGGAUCCCAGUGGCCAGAAUCCUGGGGGACCCAGAGGAAGAAUCCUGGAGCCCCUCUCUGACCAACUUGGAGAAGGUGGUGGUCACCGACGUGACCUCAAACUUUUUGACCGUCACAAUUAAGGAAAGUAACACGGACCAAGGCUUUUUUAAAGAGAAAAGAUGAAUUGCUGGGUGGGUGAUCCCAGGACAAGAGAGCAGGAGAGAGAGUGAGAGUGCAAACUUGGCAUAAUGCUUUUUAUUUCUGGGUGGGAGGUGGCCUUCUGGCCGGUCCUGUCCCAUCCCUACCUUCACAUAACCCCCUUCUUUUCAUCCCUCCCCCUCAGUUUUGGUUGGAAAGAUUAUCUCUAGAGUUAUAUUUUCUAUUAGAUGUAAAUAUGUUAUUUAAGAAAAAAUAUCUAAAUAUAUAUAUUUCAACUCU